AUGAUAAUUAAUUUACGUCAAAUUUGUUUUUUAUUAACACUUAGUAUUCAACUUAAUCGAUUUAUUAUUCUUGAUAAUGAUAUAUUAGAUUAUUAUUGUCAAAUUAUUGAUUCAUUUAUUAAUAUACUUUAUUCAAUAAUACAAUCUGAUAAUAAAAUAAAUAAUAAAUUAUCACAUUCAUUAAUUGGAACAAUAAUACCUAAUUUAUAUACAAUGACAUUAUCAAAACAAUUAGAAAAAUAUAUUCAAAAUAAACAUAUUAUUUCAUUAAUAUUAAAAUUAACGAAUUUUGAAAAUGAUGAAAUACAAUUAAAUGCAUUUAAAAUUCUUUCAUCAAUAACAACUGAACAAGAAACAAAAAAUAUUGAUACUUCAGAUAACAUUGCAGAUCUUUUUAUUAAAUUUCUUAAUAAAGUUAUUGAUGAUUCAAAUCAAACAUUAAGAUUUUAUAAUUUACUUCGAUGUCUCAAACAUUUAAUUCAAUAUGAUCAAAUUAAAGAUGAAUUAACAAAACAAAAUGGUCUUCCAUUAAUUAUUCGUUGUGCAACAGAUAUUAAAUUUAAACCACUUCAAGUACAACAACCUGCUUUAGAAAUUCUUUUUGCUCUUACAUUUAAUAAAGAAGCUUAUCAACAACUAGUAGUAGCACUAGUCGACGAUCUUGACUUCGUUCUUUCCAGAUUCUUGUUUUUCUUGAUUAUCAGACAAGAUUCUUUUUAA